CCAAGAGCCGCGUAACAGAACCCACGAGCACGAUGGAGCGACUGCCAAGUGCGACUCAGGCCGUCGGGGAAUGCGACGCCGGCCGCCAACACAAGCGCUCCGUUUCUGACACGCAGGGCACAGAGCCGCGCCACUCCUCCGCCAGCUCCAGCGAUGACUCGGGGAUCACGAAUAGCGGCGCGUCGCUGCCUCCGACGCCCACCUCGCUCACCGACCCCAACAAGGCGAACGUAACGCCGUUCCUGAAUCGCAAGAACCAUGCUUUGCUCAAAAUGCAGCGCCAGCGGUCCAUGCAGCGCCUUGCGGUUGACACUCGUAAAAUCAGUCCACCGGCGGUACAGCAAAUGGAUAAUUUCUCUAUCAGCAGCGGGGUGGUGAAUGGCUUCAUCAAUGCCUCAGUCGACAGCCAGCCAGUUAAGCCUCCUCAGUUUAUUGCGAUUCCCCCGUAUACUCCCAAAGUGGCUCAGGAAGACUGGUUGUCUGUUGAGGACGACGACCUGCCAUCCACGACGAGGGAAGACAAAAUCGCUUGGUUUUGGCGGGCCCUCAGCGAGAACGCCAGCAUUUCGUAUGCCAUCUUCCUUGUGUCUCUUGGCAUCGUGAUAUACAUAGCAGACAUCUUCUGGGGUCCGAACUCCGUGGCCGCAGAAAGCUAUAACUUGUUCCUCACUGUGACGCAGAUGCUCUGGCUCCUCACCAUCCACGUCGACACGAGACUUUUCAUCCACAAAAUCUUUCGGAGAGUUCGAGAAGCGACAGCCCAACGUGAAGGCAAGGAGGAUAAAGUGUACAUGGAACCGGUAGAUGAUGGACAGUUUCAGCUCAAGUUCGGCAGGGAGGACGAGGAACCUAUUCCUCUCGACUACGGGUUUUCCAGUGAAGGAUCAAUUUACAUUAAGAUUGGAGCCACGGUGUUUUGCUUCGGCCACAUGAUCCACACGGGCCUGACCUUCGGCCAACAAGUGCUCUACUUCACUGAAGACGACCCUGAGCUGGCUGCGUGCUCCAGCAUUGUUAACAUCAUCAUAUCUUCACUGCAGCCGAUAUGUGCCUUUUACCAGCUCUUCUUUAUAUUUAAGUAUGCCAAUCUGAUCAUCAAUCGCAGGUACAUCUGGGCAAGGUUCGGCAUCAUGCAUUCCAUAGGGGCGUCGCUCUGCUACUGGGUCUACACCAUCUUGCAAGAAACCUUACAGGCGAUCUUUGCCAAAAAGGAAUACGAAGACCUUUCCAACGACACUCAACACUACGCGGCUGCCACGACCUGGGAGAUCACGUACGGAUGCGGGAAGGACACGUACCUCUCCAGCAUGAUCAACAGCACGGCGCCGUACCUCUAUCCAUUUAGCAUCGAGUUUUACAUCCUCAUGGUAGGGAUGUGGAUGUUCCUUAAGGAGAACAUCGGCAAGGUGGAGCUGCACACGCACAUCCCUUCGAUCGAAGUCACAUACGAGGGAACCAACCAGAAAUCUCUGAUGUCUAACAUGGUCAUAGCGGUGGACUGCCAUGCCUCAAGUCGUGGCUUGUUCCUGGGCCUCUUGACAACAGCGGUAACUGUCAUAUCCGUUAUACUGCUCUUCAUUUUGUCAGCCAGUGAAGAGACCAGCGAUGCAGCUCUAAUCGUGAAUGGCGUGACUGAAGUGAUGAUUCUAACGCUAAUGAUUGGAUCAGCCGCCAUGGCGUUCAGACUCGUGCGCUUGUUGGAUGUCAUUCGUCGUUUCGGAAGCAGCGUUGACGACAUCCUUCUUUAUGUGACUUUGCCUUGCAUCUUCCUCUACGCCUUCUUGCGCGUCGCCCCCGCGCUCCUCGUCGGGGACAUCCUCUUCGUCUCUGUCUCGAUGCUGCAAGUAAUCCAAGUUAUCAUACAGACGGCACUUAUCCACGACGGCCUCAGACGGCGGUCCAACUCCUCCAGUCUCAGACGAAGAAAACCAGGUCGGGAGAUCCUCACCUUCCUCGUUGUAACUAACGUGGCUCUCUGGCUCCUGCAGACGUUCGAGAUCAAGAGUUCGGAAAGUAACUCGGAACUUUACAAAUUUUACGGAAAAGAAUUAUGGACGCUGCUGGGACACCUGACGCUGCCUUUUGCUCUCUUCUACCGCUUCCACUCGUCGGUGUGCCUCGCCGACAUGUGGAAGGAGUGCUACGAACCCGAUCAUUCCCAUUAAUCAAGUCAUAUCAUUUAUAAAGUACAAUAGUUCGGUGACCUCCCUAACUUCGAGGGUCGUGGAAACCAGAACGCUGAACUGUUUCCUUUAAAUUACUGAAAUUAU